UUUAAAAGAUGUGUGUGCAGACAUACCUGAGAAUCCAAGUCUUGUUGGAAUCCGAGAAAAGGCUGAUUCACUCUGUGGUGUAUACUUAGAGCGCACUCAAGAUGGAUAUGAGUUUCAGCAUCAGUCGAUAUCAGAGUGUGUGUUCGUCACAUUGUCAAAGAUCGAUACCAACCUCUGCAUCAAGACAUGCCCUGUACAGUUGCUUUUGGAACUUGUUCAAACGAAAGGAAAUUAUCCUGAUGUGACUGAGAUGGUCAUAUUACUGACUGAAGAUCACUAUCCCACAUUUGCUGAUCGGAUUACAACAUUAUUGUUGGGCCCAACUGCUCCAAUAGAAAUCUUGAACCAUGCUGCUUUUCAUGAUGACGACUUCAUUCAGUGUUUGAUAUCAAACUGGAAAUCCGAAGAUAAAAUACAAGCUAUCUGGCAGCAUGCAUUUGAACCUGAAAAACGGUUGUGUUUCACCAGUCCAGGUAACAAUGUGUCACUGUUUGGAUUUCGGAAGAUAGUUCCCUGUUUGAUUUUUAAGAACAUCAAAAGACUUGUGGAUAUUUUGAUUGCUAUGAAUAGAGACACAGGUGCAGACGUCCUCCAGGGGUGUUUGUCUUGUGCUGUGUUUGUCGGAAGAAAUGAGCUUGUCAAGAACCUACUUGACAAUGGAGCAACACCAGAUGAAAAUUGCUUCAGAGCUCUUUGUCCAGCAAGACAAAUAGACGCCGAUGUCACCGAGACUAUUUUCAACGUUGUUGUGACAGAGCACAGAAGGUUCACAUGGGAUUCCAUAUCCAAUCUAAGAGAUCUGUUUGGGCUAGCUGUAAUGAAUGGAAACGUACAUAUUGUACACUUACUGGUCAAAAGGUUAAAGGGUGACACACACAGCUUGGGGAUCUUCAGUAAUGUAUUAGUAGAGCUUGUCAGGGAGCUUAGUAAAGGCUAUAGGUGUCCUCUGUUUAUGCCCUAUGACAUGAGGCAUCUAAGUGAAAUAGUCAGAAUUCUCCUUGGCACAGGAUGCAAGGUAGAUUUUGACUAUCUCACCUUGCAAGCAGCAACUCAUGCUGAUGCAACUGUUUUGCGACUUGUUCUUGAGCAAGGUGUGCAUGUGAAGGAUAUAUAUUCAAAUGGUGAAGACAUGUUCAGCACAGAGGAAUAUUAUCCAACGCCUCUACAACAGGCAGCAGCCUAUGGAGGAGGGGAUUGUCUGGAAGAAAUCCUCAGUUGCACACAAGCUGGACAGGUGAAGUCGGAUAUGGAACAGGAACGAGAAGUAAUUUACAGCAUUGCGUUCUUAUUGCACACUGCAGUUCAACAUGGUAACAUUGAAUGUGCGUCGCUGCUGCUAAAGAAAGGCACUGAAGUCAAUACACUAGAUAGAAAUGGAAAUACACCGCUUCAUAUUGCUGUCAAACACAACCAGGUGGAAAUUGUUGACUUACUACUUUCAAAGCAUGCACCGGUUGACAUGAAAAACAGCAAUGGGUGUAUACCUUUAUUGUGUAUGGAACUUACAUCCCCUCCAGAUCUGAACAUUGUUACUCAACUCAUAAAAGCAGGAAGCGACAUUAAUGAGGUUGAUGAACAAAACAGGACACUUCUUUAUAAAGCAACAGAGUAUGGACAUCUUGCUCUUGUAAAGUAUCUGUGUAACAAGGGAGCCAACGUGAACAUCGAUACACAACAUAUGAACAUUACCCUUAUGCCCCUCACAGAAGAACGAAAGUUGUGUAAGAGAGUUAUUCUUGCUGCAUGUAGAAAUGCUGAUAUUGACGUUGUUAAGUUGCUCUGUGAACAUGGUGCUGAUGUUGACGUAGCUGACGACAAUGGGGAAACAGUAAUUCACAAGGCUGCAGCAUCCCCCAUUGAUGCUGUGGAGAAACUUCAAUAUCUUCUUGACACGAAGCAGGUGCCUUUGAGUAUAAAAGACCAUUUGGGAAGGACUGUCUUAUUUCCAGCUGUGAAGUCAGCUUUACAAAGUGGGUAUUUGGAGAUUCUGCACUUUCUAUCGUCUAGAAAAAUUGACUUCAAUCAAAAAGAUAACUUUGGGAACAGUUUACUGUUAUAUGCCUUUGUCCCAAACCCACUUGUAGAUGCAAUAUCUACAUCAGAUGGCUUUAUUAAGCUAAUGCUAAACCAUGGUAUUGAUCCAAACAUAAAGAACCAACAGGGCCGUACAGUGAUUCACUAUGCUGCAAUCAAGGGGGACAAGAACAAACUGACAAUACUUCUAGAAGGAGGCGCUGAUCCACGUGUUCCAGAUGAAAAAGGUCGGACUGUGCUCCUACAAGCUGUAAAGAAACAACACUUUCACAAUGUGAGGCUGUUCUUAGAAAAAGGGGUCAAUCCAGAUGUUCAGGACAAAAAUGGUAAAACAGCCCUUCACUUUGCAGUAGAACUUAAAGACUCUGAGACUGUUAAGCUUCUGCUUAAUGGAGGAGCAGAUCCUAGUGUAUCAGAUAUCUAUGGCAGAGAUGCCCUUCAUUAUGCUGUGAAAAGUCAGAACUGUGUCAUUAUGAACUUACUCCUGCAAAAUGGAGCCAGUCCUUGUGUACAGGAUACGUUUGGAGCCACUGUACUUCACAUUGCUGCAAAAUGUCUUGAUAGAGAGAAUGUCAUGCUGUUAUUGGAUCAUGGAGCAAAUCCACACACUCAGGAUCAACACUGCGAGACUACACUUCACUUUGCUGCCCGUAAUAAAUGUAGUGAAGUUCUCAGAUUGUUCCUGGAGAGAGGUGUUGAUUCCCCUGUACAGGAUGACAAAGGCAUGACAGCUCUUCAUUGGGCAUUACUGUAUUGCAACACUGAGAACGUUGAGCUACUUCUGGAAAGAUGUCAAGAAUGGGACGUACAAGACGAAGAUGGAAAGACCCCUCUUCACUAUGCAGCAGAAACAAAAUACUCAAAUAUUGUUAAGCUUCUCUUAGAUAAGAACUUCGACCCGUGUGUACAAAACCACAAUGGUGAAACACCCCUUCACUAUGCAGCCAAAUAUCGACACAAUGAGAAUGUUCGGUUAAUUGUGAACAAAGGUGCUGAUGUGUCUCUCAGGGACAAAAAAGGCAUGACGGUCCUUCACUACGUAGCAGAUAUCAAUAAAGACAGCGUGGAGCAACUGUUGGCUCAUGGUGCUGAUUCCAAUACAAAGGAUCAUUCAGGGAGAACUCCUCUUCACCUUGCAACAGAGGGAAACUGCGAUGAGAGUGUGAAACUGUUUUUGGACAACGGUGCUGAUCCUUGUGCGAAGGAUGAUGGGGGCCAAACGCCUCUUCACUUGGCAGCAAUUCACAAACUAGAGAGUAUUGAUUUAUUGUUGGAGAAGGGUGCAGAUCCGCGUAUACGGGACAAAGAAGGCAAAACGCCCCUUCACCAUGCAGCAGAGCAUAAUAAUUGGGAGUGUGCCAAUCUCCUGUUGGAAAGUGGAGGUGAUCCCUGUAUACAGGACCAACAAGGCAAAACGGCCCUGCAUGCUGCAGUUGAAGCCGAGUAUGUCUUUAACAUCUGUAGGUACACUGACACAUCUUAUCGGGCUGUAUCCGAAAGAAUCAAGAAGACGAAGAGUAUUGCUAAGCUCCUCGUUGAGAACGGAUGCAGUCAUUCUGUGACGGACAAUCAAGGUAAAACUGCACUUCAUUGUGCAGCUGAGAGCGGUAGCGUUUAUAGCCUGCAACUUCUCUUGGACGAUAAUGCUACCCCAUUCAUUAAAGACAAGGAAGGCAAAACACCACUCCACUAUGCAUCGGCCAAAGGAACAAGUGACAAUGUUAAACGGCUCUUGGAGAAAGGUGCAGACCCAUAUGCCAAAGAUCAACAAGGGAAAACUCCACUUCACUAUGCAGCAGAAACAAAACACGGAGACAAUAUUAAGGUAUUACUAGACAAUGGCGUGGAUGCAAGUCAGCAGGACAAUGAAGGAAGAACUCCACUGCACUUUGCAGCAGCGCGUGACUCUAGUUUGUCUGUACGUCUACUUCUGAACAAAGGCUCUGGGACAACACUGAGCGACCAACUUGGGAAAACAGCUCUUCACUAUGCAGCUGAAGGUUAUUGCAGUGAGAAUGUCAGACUUCUACUAGAUAAUGGUGCUGAUCCCUUUGUAACGGACCAGCAAGGGAUGACAGCCCUUGACUAUGCAACUCGUGGUGGGAAAACAACUAGCGUUACACUUUUGCAGGGACGUGUUGCUCAGAAGCAGUCACUGUGAUUGUGUACAGAAGAUAGUGUUGUUCUUGGUCAUUGAUUUAUCAACAAAUUAGAUAUGAAGAACUUUGAGGAUUGAAGGAGAAAGAAAGAGAGUUAUGGGGCUGAUUAACAUCGCCUCUAGUUUGUUUUAUCAGUAAUUGUCAAUUUCAGUUAGUCAUGAAGCUCGCUCUCUCUGUGUAAUUUUUCUACAGUGUAUAUAAUCAGUACUUGCAAUUGUGUGUUAUGGAGUUGGUACAACAUGAAGCUGGCUAUGUCCAGUUGAUCAAAUAUUGAUUUGUUAUGUACAGUGGAAGCUGUGUAAACCGGCACACAACCGGACUGAAGAAAUAAUCCACUUUAGACAGAGUGCCGAAUUGUAGAGCUGACACGGUUACCUAAGACUAGAACUGAACCAGUUUUAUCACUCUCAUAUACAUUGUUGUAUAACAUGGUUUUCUCAAUUUCUCUCUCAACUCACUAAUUACAUAUACAAGUAUACCCAUAUUGAACUAAGAUUAAAUUAUCUUUGUCGGCAAGCAUGUAGUUUCAACGCAGGAUUAAUUGGUGACAAUACAUAUCCAACCAACUCCUCGCCACACGCCGGAUUAGACAGCGCUGAUUACUGUAUAAACACAUAUUCGGGCGGCUCAUUUCAUGCCGAGAUCUUGAAUUGACAGAUGUCGGAUUGCAGAGCUUUUAUAUGACGAUAAAUGAACUAGCCCUGGACGGGACUGAGAUUUGGUGCCGGUGUUGACAACUUGCCGGGUUGGGCAGCUGCCGGUUUUGACAGCUUCCACUGUAUUUGGUUCACUUUGUAUUGUGCCUUAAGUAUACAUGACUAGUUUUUGACAGGUUGUCAUGAUCUCUUGUGGUUGGUUCACUUUGAUAGAUUGUGUAUCUUUCAGUUAUUGGGACCACUGCCCUUCAUACAUAUGCAUCAUAGAUUACAGAUAAGAUAAACAUCUGCGAUGGUUGUUAUGGACUGUUCUGAUUGUUUACAGUCCAUAGUGGCCCAAGUAUAUAUGACUAAAUAUUGUCAGGUUGUUAUGAACUAUUCUGAUUUGUUUACUAUGUAUAGUGG